AUGAAGAAUUACAUCAACUCCUUUGAACCGGCGUGGAAUGAAAGAGGUGUAACAAUAAUGUGUGAUGGUUGGUCAGGGCCAACAAACAUGCACAUUAUAAACUUUCUUGUGUACUCGAUUCGUGGCACUGUUUUUCACAAAUCAAUUGAUGCCACAGAUGUGUAUUGUAGAGACACAAACUACUACUAUAGUUUGAUGGAGAAGGUAGUACAAGAGAUAGGGGAAGAGAAAGUUGUUCAAAUAGUGACAGAUAAUGAAGCUUCAGUCAAAGCUGCAGGAAAGAAACUAAUGGACAGAUUCCCACAUUUGAACUGGACAGCUUGUGCAGCUCAUUGUUUGGAUCUUCUUUUGGAAGAUAUUGGGAAGAAAAGUUCAAUAAAAUCUGUUAUAGAAAGAGCAAGAAAAGUCUCCCAAUUCAUCUACAAGUAUAAAUGGGCAGUUGAUUAUAUGAAGAAGUUUACUGGGGGUAGAGAUCUGACACGACCAGGAAUCACACGAUUUGCAACGCAAUUCAUAAUGUUGGAAAGUGUUGUGAGACAUAAGACUGCCUUGCAAGAAAUGUUUGAUUCUAGUACUUGGGUGACUUCAAGAUUCGGUCAAAUGAAUGACGCAUUAGCUGUGGAAGUUCGUGAAACGUUGUCUAAACAUCCUUCCACUGAAGUUGCCAAAUUUUGGGAAAAGGCUAAUGAAAUAAUAAAAAUACAAGACCCCAUCAUAAAAGUAUUGAAGCUUGUUGAUGGAGAUCUAAAACCAACAAUGGGUUUUAUAUAUGAGGCAAUGGGGCGUUGUAAGCUGGCAAUUCAAAAUAAUCCUACAUAUUACAAGAAUUAUUGGAAGAUGAUAGACAAAAGAUGGAAUUGCCAAUUACAUACGGAUUUACAUGGAGCAGGAUGUUUCUUAAAACCUCAAUACAUGUACAGAGAAAAUGACAUUGGAAAUGACCAUGAGUUGUUAGUAGGGGUGAGAAAAGUAAUCACCAGACUUGAAAGAGAUCCAGAUAAUGAAAUCAGAGCAACCCAACAAAUUUACAUGUAUCGGGAUAAGGCUGAAAGUUUUGGCAAUAGCUCGGCACAAAGGGCAAUACAUCAAAUGGACCCAGCUAUGUGGUGGAUGACGUAUGGAGAGAGCGCACCCGAAUUAAGGAAAAUUGUUAAGCUCCACUUUUCGAAAGGAGAUGAUCUCAGUUGGUUAGAUGAUGAUGAUAGUGGAGAAGGUGGCGACGGAGGUGGUGGAAGUCAAACUGGCAACACUGUUCGAGGUUCCUCUAGUCAUCAAACUUUUAAGCAAAGUCGGCAAAGUGCUGGUAACAAACAAUCUGCUUUGACACCACCAAGUAGCGACGAUGGAGAUGAUGGAAAUGAUGGAAAUGAAUUUAUCUCUUCUCACUCAACGAGGCAAUCAAGUGGGCGCUAUCAACUUCCACAAUCAAUGGUUAAUCCUCUAAACUCUGAAUUUGAAAAUAAUUACUCACAAAGAUUUCAAAGGCGUACAAAAGGUGGUGUUAUUGUGGAAUAA